AUGAAAUGUCAAUAUCAUUAAGGAUAACUCAAGACCCAUAUCUGUCUUAAAGCCUUAUGCAAACAAGCUGUUCUAUGUCCUAUUUGUAUUGUCAAAGAUCAUCAAAAUCAUUUGACAAUUGAACUCUUAUAAUUUAAAAGAUCUGUUGCUAAUAUGAUUUCUCAACAUGAUAAUCCUAAACCAUUAGAUAAUCUGACAGAAUAUACUAAUUAAAUAGCUAAAUUUGAUUAAUCACUUUAAGAAAGCCUUAAACUUUUAUAUCAAAAAAGAAAGGAAACCAUAGAAUUUGAUCAAUUUAAAAAAGUUGAAGGAAUUCUACAAGUUGAACAUCCUACCAAUUCUCAAUAAAUGGCUUUAAAAAAAGUUGGAUAACAUAUGUUAUUUUAUAAAGAUUAAUCAAAUUAAUGGACAUUUUAAUUAAUUGCUGAUAAUUAGGAAUAUAAGAUUUGGGAUAAAUUAAUCUAAGAUUUGAGAAACCAUGUUAAAGAAUAAACACAUCAAUUAUAAACAAUAUUAGAUUCAUUAUAAAAAUUAUCUACCUUAAUUGAAAAUGAACUAAAACAAAAAAGAGUCAUUAUUACUAAUAAUAAUAAUUUAGAAAUUCAAAAUGAUGGUUUAAACAUUUCUAAAAAAAUUAAAGCAGAAGGACGAGAAUUGGAUAUUCAAUAAGUUUAAGAAGAUAUUCCUAAGGCUGAAUAAUAAUAAUCAAUUAGAUUGCUUAGAAUGCUUGAAAAUAAUUCUGAUAGUGAAGAUUCAGAACCUAAAAUUAUUCAUCAAAUCUAGUAAUAAAAGUCUAAUCCUUAAUCUUAAUCUGCAUAAUAGUUAUAAUAACAACCUUUAAUGUUUGUUUAACCAGAUAAAAAAUAUGUUUCAGUCACUGAACAAUAUAAGGAUCCAGAUUUAUAAAAGUAAGGGUAAAUUAGACAAAAAAGAAAAUAUGUUAAAAAAGCUGAUAAAUUAGCAAUGAUGGGAUAAAAGAGAAUUUAUAGAAGGAAAACAUAUGAUAGAUUUAAAUUUAAUACAACUUAAUGUAUCGCAGUUUUUAAAGAAAUGUUAGAUUGA